GACCUUCUAUCAGCAAUUCUAGUAGGCCUAAACUUUUGCUCUCCCGAGAUUCCCUCCACGCCCGAACGAAACCCUGCCUCUCCCCUUCCCGGUGUUUACCUCAAGUGCACCGAGUGCCUACAAGAGAAUCAGAAGGCCCAUAACCCUCGGCCGAUCGAUGUAGCAGCCUGUGAACGGGCUAUAGAGGCCAUGAAGCAGAUAUCAAAGGACAACAGACCGUUUCUAGCGACCACUAGCCCGUGUUCUUCUAUUCAAACAGGCAUGGGCCUAGCUGCUAGCUUUGAGCUAGGAACGCCAUGCCUUUCUCGGCGACAGCGAUUGAUAACCAGUCCUCUCAACAUUCCAUUCCAAAAGUCACGUUUCGAGUCACCCACAGAAGAGUAA